AUGAGAUUUCCAAAGUUGUUAUUAAAUAUUGGUGUAAUAUUGGUCACAAGAACAGUGUCUUGCAUCGAUAAUAAUGUAGAAAUUAUCGAUCGUUUUUUACCCAACAACACGGUACCAAUUCAUUAUAACAUUAAUCUAACACUGCAUCUCGAAGAAGGCAAUUUUACUUUUUACGGUGAAUCCAAUAUCGAAAUCGAGAUUCGUUAUGAAUUGUCAAAUAUAACUUUACACUCGCGGGAAUUAGAAAUAAAUGAAACGGCUACAACAUUGAUUAACGACUAUGGUACGGUUUAUAAACCGAUGAAACAUAUUCAGAACAUUACAUCCGACAUUUUGAUACUGAGUUUCAAUGAUGUGUUAUCUCCUGGUCUGUACAUUUUGAAUAUGAAAUUUGCCGGUAACCUAUUAAUGUCUUCCCAAAAACAGGGAUUGAUGAAAUUUUGGUAUUUAUCCCCUAAAGGAAAUACGUGGUUAGCUGUAACACAUUUCGAACCGAAUGGGGCCAGACGAAUGUUUCCAUGUUGGGACGAACCAGCAAUAAAAGCCACUUUCAGCAUCUCCGUAACACAUCAUGAGAAAUACAGUGUACUGUCAAAUAUGCCAAUACUAAAACAACACUACGAAAAAGAAAAUAUGAUAUGGACACAUUUCGAGACCACUCCUGUAAUGUCCACUUAUAUCGUAGCGAUUGCGAUGUCUGAAUUUGUUCGCGUUCCUAACGCAAACGAAACCAUCAAUAUGUGGUGUAGAUCAAUAACUUUGAUAUCGAAAGUAAAAUUCGCACACAGUGCUGCUGAUGAGAUUGUAAAAUUCUUGAGUCAUUAUACUACUAGUGUCCAGAAGGUACCGAAAAUGGAUCACGUCUUGAUACCGAAUUUUGUAGUUGGUGGCAUGGAAAAUUGGGGUCUCAUCACUUACGAUGAAUCAAAUAUUAUUUACGAUGAUGACAAAGAUCCAAUAUUUAAGAAAACAGAAAUAGCGUUGUUAAUAGCGCAUAAACUUACACAUCAAUGGUUUGGCAACUUAGUCACUCCAUGUUGGUGGAACUACAUGUGGUUAAGUGAAGGAUUUGCUUCGUUCUUCCAAAUGUACAUAAUCAACAAGGUUAAAUGGUAUUUCGGCAACUCUCCUAGAACAUCCGUUUUGUUACGCAUGUUACAAAAUAUCAUUACUGAAGAGGUAUUUCGAAAUGGUCUCAUUAUAUAUUUGGACAGACAUCAGUUUCGCUCGGUUACUCCGGACGAUUUGUGGAGCGCCAUGCAAAGUGCUCUAAACCAAUCUGAUAUUCCUCAUGAAGAUUACAAAAUAAAAGAAGUGAUGGAUACUUGGAUAAACCAAGAGAGUUAUCCUUUUGUACAUGUGGAGAAAAAUUAUGAAACUGGCGAAGUAACGAUUUCAAAAAUAUGUUUAGGGCAAUUUAAAGAGAUUAGUUGUGCGAAUACAUGGUGGAUUCCUAUAACUUUCGCUACGCAGUCCAAUCCGGAUUUCUCCAAUACUGUACCUUCUUAUUGGUUAAGACCAGAUCAACAUAAUAUAAGUUUUACAAUUAAUCCAAAUGAUUGGAUUAUUGUCAAUUUACAACUAACUGGAUACUAUCGUGUUAGUUACGAUAACAAAAAUUGGCAAAAAAUUGCACAUUACUUAAAUAGUAAGGAAUAUGAAAACAUACACGUCCUUAAUCGUGCUCAGAUUGUCAUUGAUUCGUUCAUAUUAAUAUUUGAUCAUCGAAUAAGUGACUUAUUGUUCCUUCAACUAAUAAACUACUUAUCGAAGGAAAGAGAUUAUGUGGCAUGGCAAUCAUUGUUCGAAGUUAUAGAAUAUAUACCGAAGACACUUCUACUGCCGGAAAUGAGACAUUUCAAGAUACACAUUCAACGACUCCUCCAUAAGCUUCUUCAGAAGGUAAAAUACAUAGAAGAUCCUAAUGAUAACGAUGUUACAAAAUUGAUAAGGAUAAACGCAUUAAAAUGGGCAUGUGUUGUUGAUAAUGAGGAAUGCAUAAAAAUGACCGCACAUAAAUUAAGUAGACAUCUCGCGAAUCCCAAAACCUACACGUAA